GCGAUUUAUGUGAUGAUAAUUCAAAUAAAGAGUUUAGUUGUGCUGGUGGGUCAACAGGAUCGUUCGGAAGACAUUUAAAAGUAAUACAUAAUGUCGGAAGAACUACUCAAAAUCAAAGUGAUGAUAAUGAUCUUGAAGUAGAGGAGUCUAAUACGAUUAUGACACAUGGUUCAUCAUCAUCAUCUUCAAAUAAUUUAAAUACCGAUUGUUCUUCAUCUUCAGAAUUUCGUGAACCACCCCUCAGAAAACGACGUAGAACGUUUAUGAAUAAGUACCUUGAGCAUAAUAACAUUUGUAGUUCUGAGAGAACAGAACAAAUCCACCAAGCGUUAGCUAAAAUGAUUGCGAUCAACCAAAUGCCAUUAUCAUUUUGUUCAAGUUCUGGGUUUCAACAGUUUAUGGCUAUCGUCGAACCAAAUUAUUUAAUAUGUAAAGAAGGAGCUAUAAAACGAAGACUCAAAGCAUUUAAAUCGUCGGUUGAAGAACAAAUAAAAAAAGAAUUAAGAAAUGCCAAGAGUGUAAGUUGUACAUCUGACUGUUGGUCAUCAAUAUCUCUAGAAUCGUAUAUAACAGUUACUGCACAUUUUAUUGAUGACCAGUGGUGCCCAAAAUCUUACACUCUGACAACUCACCAAUUGGAGGACCGCCAUACAGCUCUCAAUCUAAGUAAUCAGUUGGAAACUACUUUUAGUAAAUGGGAAAUCGAACAAAAAGUUAUGGCAGUAGUUACUGAUAACGCAAAAAAUGUUUUGAAUGCUGUCAAUUUACUUACUAAUAUUACAGAAAAAAAUGACCUUACAUGUUCCGCGCAUACUUUACAACUUGCGAUUAACAAUGGUUUGAAAUAUGAUAAAAUAGAACAAUUAAUUCAAUUAAGUAAUAAAAUCGUUGGUCAUUUUAAACAUUCAAAUGUGGCCACUCAAUGUUUAAAGACUAAGCAAGAACAACUUGGUUUACCAGCGGAAUGUUUAAUUCAAAGUUGUAAAACCAGAUGGAACUCCGUAUUCAUGAUGUUGGAUCGACUUUAUGAAAAUAGGUGCCCAGUAUCAAAUGUCUUUGCUGAUCGCACAGUUACUACAGCAGCAAUGGCACAAAAGUUCGAAGUAACCGAGAACCAAUGGGCAGCUAUAGAAACUAUAGUUAAAUUACUUAAGCCUCUACAAGUAAUUACAACUGUAUUUUGUGGUGAAAAGUAUUGUUCAAUUUCAAUGGUCAGGCCUCUCCUUAACAUUGUUAUAGAAAAGCAUUUACAGCCUCAGAUAAAUGACGAUGAAAUUGCUCAAAAUUUCAAAUACAUUGUAAUACAAGAAUUAAAAGACCGUUUCAAGUUAAACUGGAAUCCUUCUAGUGUUGUGUCUGCUCGACAAAUUGCAUCUUUUCUCGACCCAAGAUACAAAGAUUUAGAACACGAGGCAGCAGAUGCAAGAGAAGAAAUUCGAACCCGAGUCAAGAGUUUGUUAGAUGAUAUAAGUGAACAUAAUGACGAUAUGCAAAUUCAAACAUCUGAGACAAAAAAUAGCUUCGGGGGACUUGCGUUUCUAUACGGUGAUAAGGGCAACUGUAAUACAGAUGAUUCUACAGUUCAAUUUCAAAAUUACUUGGCAGAACCACAAUUACGGUUUGAUUUUGAUGCAUUGGAAUGGUGGAAGACGCGUGCAACGAAGUAUCCAUUAAUGGUUGUUUUAGCUGUUAAGUAUUUAGGGAUACCAGCAACGUCAGUAAGUUCCGAACGGUGUUUCUCGACUGCUGGAAACAUUGUGACGGCUAAGAGAAGUUGUUUGGCGCCCGAAACGGUAAAUAUGUUGGUUUUCCUUUAUCAAAACAAACAAUUAUUGUAAGGAGAUCAAGGGUGAUUUGUUGUUGGUUUAUUAUUUAUUUAUUAUUCAUAACAUUUUAGGAAUAAAUACUUACCAAUAUACCUCUAUACAUUAUUAAUAUUAUUGAUA